UAUUAACAGGAUAUAACACCAGACGCCAUGUCAAAGAUGGCUUACACUUGCCGUCAACUCAACUCAACAAAUACAGCAUUGUCAUACUUUCAUGUGGCUGUACUCUGCAAGCUUGAACAGGCAGAGAUGGUCAAGACUGGUCUAAUGAAAUGUUUUGACUCAGCUGAAAUUGCUUAUCAUUAUGACAAGUCGAAACCAGAAUCACCGAGUGUCCGUGAUGGGAAAGUAGGAUUAACUCCUUGUUUAGAAGCAAUCGUCAUCGGCCAUUGGUCACAGAGUGGCAAACUCUUGCGUGAUCACCAGAAAUGUCGCCACAACGUGUUUUGCCACAAUGGCUUAGACGACGAAACAUUGACAGAAAGUAUCGUGGAGACGUUCACAUACAGUGGACAAACAGUCCUUGAUGCUACUGAAAGUGGAUCAAUGGCUGCUGUGAAAUCAGGGCGCAAUUUAGUUGCAGUCUUUGAAGAAGGUGCUUCAAAACAAGAUUUCCUGGAAAAAGUUGACUCUGACUAACUACAGCAGUUAAAA